UGCCUAUCAAGCCACAUGCUACACUUUUCAUCGAUCUCAUCAAUCAGCCAGCCAGCGAGCCAAGAUCUCGUUUACUACAGGUUGUCUAGGCACUAUAACUCUUUUUUUGAAGCACUAAGAAAGGCCAUUAUAUAUCCCAGCGCGUGUGACUGCUGAAAGAUGCCUGGAGUACCCUCGAGCGAUUCCUGCGACGCUUGUAGAAAGCAGAAGAAGAAGUGCGAUAAAGCUAGGCCGGCUUGUUCGAGAUGCACGAGGUUAGGCAUUCCGUGUAUAGGGGCCGGGGUACAACGCUACAAGUUUCUCACUGUCAAUGGACAACGUGAACAUGGUUUGACUCGCCUCGUCACGUUCGCUGCAAAUCAGGAACCUCUUUCUAUCCUCAGACCACCCCAAAAUGCUACUACUAGUCUAGCCCAAGAACUCGUGCAUCAGUUGGCUGUGGAAGAUGUUCGUUUCAACCUCCCCUUGGUAUACGGGCCCUUGAUCAUCGAACUGCCCCGACUGCUUGGACAAAAUGAUGUUCUUGAUGCCUCUGUGGCAAGUUUAGUUGCGACAGUCGAUGAUAUAGCCGCCAACAAACGCUCUCCGGCACGGUUCGGGCAGUACGGCAUCGCCUUGGCCAAGCUCCGGAUGUCGUUGCAAGAUCCGGAAAAGGUAUUCUCAAGUCUGACUCUUUGCGCUGUUUACAUCGUAUGGUGUUGUCAGGGAUGGAUCGGAGGCGACCAGAGCAACGCGGUUGGUCAUGGCGCGGGGCUUGUGGCAUUCAUAUCGAGGACGCAGCUGCGAUUCUCCAAGGAUCCGUUUGACCAGAACCUGCUUCGUACAUUGCUGGCAGCAACUAUGUUUGAAGCGGCUUUCGAUCCCAGCAUCAGAAUGGCUCCUUGGAUGAAGGAUAUACUCACCGGUACGGGCACAGGUGCAAAUGAACAUACGGUCAUCUCAUUCCUGUUGAACCUACCCCGUCUGAUGCAGUACGAUCCCUCUCUUCUUCCAACCAUAGAACAGUACUAUACAGCCAUCUUGAAAAAGGCCAAGACAUCCAUCGACAUGACAGCUCUCUCACAAGCACAGCGUUUCACAGCCUUUUCAGGCCUGGCAAUCUCCUCAGGAGUCGCCCUCGCGCUCAACGGGAUCCUUCUAGUCUACACACCCAGCAACAAAGACCUCCUCAGCACCUCCCUAGACCUACACAACCAAACCCUAGACCUCGUAGCUCAAUCCGACCAAUAUCUCCCCAUGGCAGCAAGCUGGAUCCCCAUCGCCCUCGAAUACGCCUGGGUCGCACAACCAGACCCAACCCGCCGCGCCGCCAUCCAACAAGCCUGGGAAAAACACUGGACACCACACUCGCACGCACCCUUUGGCAUAUCCAGCAAAUUCCUCCUCACAUUCGACGCUCUACGCACCCAAGCCGCCCUCGCACACGCCCCAAUCCAAUACUAA